GCAAGCUGGGCGGCCAGGAGAGGAAGAUGCCAGACGUCUGCUGUCAACAGGCACCAGGAGAAAGUAGAACGGAGGAUGGAGGUGUCCCCACAGGGCCGGAAUCCAUCCAGAUCCUGGUGGCCCCAGCGGAUCCUCCCUGUGGAUGCCCUUGUGCUGAGCAGCCUCAUCCCACCAUCCCAGUACCCAGAAUGGCUUGCUCUGAGACCCAGCAGCAGCCCCCACCCAUCUCAGCCAGCACCGCCACCACCAUCGCCUUGGGGACCACUGGACGUCAUCGUAUGUCCACGGAGGGUGACCUGGAGUGCCUGGUAUGCAGAGAGCCCUACAGCUGUGCCCGGUCCCCCAAGCUGCUGAGCUGCCAGCAUACCUUCUGCGCCGUGUGUCUGAAACUUCUACUCUACGUACAGGAUGACACCUGGUCCAUCCUCUGCCCCCUGUGCCGGAAGGUCACUGCCGUCCCUGGCGGCCUCAUCUGCAGCCUGAGAGACCAGGAGGCAGUGGUGGGGCGGCUGGCCCUGCCUUGCCCAGAGGUGCGACUCUGUCCCCAGGGGCUGGCGGGGUCUGCCACUUCAGCAACACAGCCAGCUGUCUGGACAGGAGAGGAUGAGCCAGACAUCGGGAGCGUCAACCGAGUGGCAGCAAGGCGCCUGGCUGUGCACAUGCUCCUGUUGGCCCUCCUCAUCAUCCUCAUCCUGCCCUUCAUCUACCCAGGUGUCAUCCGGUGGGUUCUGGCCUGCAUCAUCGCCCUGGCCCUGCUGAUGUCCACUUUGUUCUGUUGUCACCCCCACAGCCUGGGCAGCUGCUGGCCCUGCACCAGGGUUCUGUUCUGCAGGGAACAGAAACAAACACAGAUCUCUUCUAUCGCCUGAGUGUUCCGGGACCACAGCCCCCAGCAGUGCUAAGGGGGCCCCUGCGUCUCACAACCAAUAGGGUAAGGGGCCGGGAGCUAAGUCAGCCUCCCUUUGAGAUCAUAGGCAAGUUGGACUUGAGCACCAAAACCAGACUGGCUGUGUUGGAUCAAGGACUCAGUUCUGGGACAAGCAGCUUACCUGCCCUUCUGUGACACAUCUAAACUCUUAGGGGGAUGGAGAGGAGGCAAAAGUCCUAGAAUUCUACAAGAGGGGGGGCUUCCUGCCCCUCUUCCAGGGUUUUUGGGUUUUGUAUAUAUCACUCUGGAAGCAUUGCAAUAUUGACCUUACUACAAAACAAAUAGA